AUGGCUCUUUUCCCAGCCUAUGCUAGUAAAGUAGCGGCAGAGUCUAACGAAAACGAUGAGCAAGUACGGUGGGAUGUUAAUAUGCAAACUGUACAAGAGACCAAUGACGCAAUGGAAGCUCAGCUUCUCGCAAGUGAUACAGAAGAUGAAAGUGACACCAGUGUGCAUGUAGUGCCGAAACCUGACGUAACCUAUGAUAAGGCAGCCAAUGAGGACUUUUAUGUGGACUGUAAAAUGGAUUGUGGUAAUCUAAGGGUUUCCACUUUGUAUUAUCCGGGCCGACCGCAAUACGAGUGCGGCGGGUCGCGGCUGGGCGUGGGGGGGCGCGGGGGCGCGGAGCGCGGGCCCCGCCGCCGCUACUUCCGGCGGCGGGUGCCCGACGAGCCGGAGGCCGCGGCAGUGGCCGAGCGCGCGGCCUCCUACCGCCGCCUCCUGGAGGAGACGCCGCGCGAUGUGGCCCUAUGGGAGCGAUACAUCGACUUCAUGGAACGAUGCGGCACGGAGCAAGAGGCGGUGGACGCGGCAGAGCUGGCGGUAGAGCGCGCGGGCCACUCGCGUAGGCUACGCGCGCGCCUCUACGACGCGCUACGCCGCUCACUCUCCACCCAGCCCUACGCGGAGCGCCUACGAAAGUCUCUCACCACCGAGCGAGACAUGGAUGUCCGCCUGGAGUUGUGGAUUGAGCUGAUGAACGUGCUGGGCUCGGCGCCGGACGCCAGCACCAGGGCUGUCACCACCGUCGCCGGCGCAGCCCUGGCCGACAUGCGGCCCCUGCCGAGCGCCUACCCCGACCUCCUCUACCAUUUCGGGCUGUUCAUUCGCGCGGGCGGGCUGUGGGAGCAGCUGGUGCAGCUGAUCGAGCUGGUGGCGGCCAUGAACUUCCCGCCGGCGCCCUUCCCGCCGCCGGUGGACCGCGAGCAGCGGCGGCGCUGCGAACAGCGCCUUAGAGACAUCGAAGACCAGGCCAUAGCCAGCGGUCUGCCGCUGAGCGCCGUGUGGGUGCGCGUGGAGCGGGCCCGCGCUGCCACGCGCUGGCGCCCUGCCACCGACGAGGAGGAGGACGAGGGCGACCCGCAGCGGCGGCCGCUGCCACACGACGUGGCAGAGCUGCUGCAGCCGGUGGCGGACCCUCACCAGCUGUUCCGCCUCUCCGUUAGGAUGCUCAUGCUCGCCAAGGUGCCGCUGCUGUGCGGCGCCGGCUGGGGCGCGCCCGGCGCGCUGGGCUUCAGCGGCGAGUGCGCGGAGGGGCUGCUGCCCCUGGCGGCGGAGGCGCGCCUCCUGCCCCCCGCGCACCCCGCCCACGCGCGCCCCGCCCCCGCGCGCCUUCUGCUCGCCCACUUCCUCGACCCGCCCCACUACUUCGCCGACGACCAAGGGUAUCUGAGCUGGGUGGGCGCGCUGUGGGAGGCGUGCUGGUCGUGGGCGGGCGGGGCGCGGCGGGAGGCGCUGCUCUGCUGGCGGCUGCGCUGGCUGCGCGCGCUCGCGCUGGCGGGGGCGGACGAGGUCGAGGCGCGCCGCGUGAGGGGCGAGGCGCGCGCGCUGCUGAAGCGGGCCGCGGGCGGGGCGCCCCUGCCCUUCGCCGAGUGGGCGCGCCUCGAAGGGGCGCUGGGGGGCGCCCCGCACAGGGCCCUGCGCGGGGCGAAACACGCGCUCCGAGCGGCGCUCGCCGACGAGGGCGCCCCGCACUGCCACCUGCUCUACAUCGCCAGAGUGGUGUGCGAAGUGGACGAGGCUGGUGGCGACGGUGGGGUGGGGCAGGCCGGUGGCAGCGCGCUGGUGGCAGCCGUGCUGCGCCGAGCGGAUCGCCUCGAUGCGCCACCACAGCCCGCCGACCUGCAACUGGCCUUGCAACGCUGCGAGGAGGAGUGCGAGGCGCUGGAGCGGGAGUUCGAGGGGGUUGGGCCGGGCGGGGCGGGCGGGGCGGGGGACGAGGAGUGGGCGCUGCUGCCCUCGCGCGCCGAGUGGGGCGCCGUGCGGGCGCUGCUGGCCGCGCCGCGGCGGAGGGCGCAGCUGCUGGCGCGGCUCCUGGAGCGCCCCUACGUGGGCGACGAGGCGGAGGCGGCCCGCUACUGGGAGCAGAGCGGCACAGUCCUCGCGCGGGCUUCGCGCAGCUCGGCCGUGGCCGGCGCGCUCGCCCGCCACUGUGCGCACAGCCCCUACCUCGCCGUCGCGGGGGCGGGGGCGCCGCUGUGGGGGCGGCCGGGCCUGCGGGGCGCGGGUGGCGGGGGCGGGGGCGCCCCUCCGCCCGCCAGCUGCGGAGGCGCAAUGCUGGCCCUCUGCGGCGUGCUGCCGCAACUUCUACGCGCGCUGGAAUCCGACUGGGCGCCCGAAGAGAGCGACGCGCUGGCCAGGGCGGCGCGGCGCGUGCUGGGCGCGGCGGGCGGCGUGUGGGCGGGCGGCGCGCUGGGCGGCGCCGUCCGCCUCGAGGCGGAGGGGCGGGCGGCGCGCCCUAGACUGCCGCACGCGCUCUACGCCGCGCUGGCGGCCGCGCCUCAUCACAAGUGGCUGCACGUGCGAGGGGCGGCGUGGUGCGGCGGCGAGGCGGCCGCGCUGGCGGACAUGCUGCUCGACAAGCUGCUACGCCUGCACGCGCUGCCACACGAGCUGCUGCCCCUCGAGCUGCCACCUGCCACGGCCGCCGCGGGCGCCGUUCAGCAGCAACCGGACAGAGGCGGGGAAAAGCAACCGGACGCGAGUCCGGAACGUCCGGACCGAACCGAACAAAUGCAACAAGAUCCUGAAGAGCGCUCGGACCACGGUUCGGAACAGCCAGCACAGCCGAUGGAG